AUGGUGAACGCUGGUGGCGAGGGUCGUCGUUGGUACGAAGUGUUGUUUGCCAAUGGAGCUGUAACCCUAAUCGAGGAAGAAGAAACAACACAGACUGACAGAGUGAAGGUGGUUUCGCACGGGACAAAUAAGGAAAUUGGAGACCUGUUAUUCAAAGGACGGAUCUCUUUGGCCAUUUUUGUAGUAGUGAUUCAUAGAGAACAUGGUCAUAUCAGCAUUGCAGCAGUUUAUGUUGAUGAUAUCAUCCUUACUGGUACAGAUCCCAACAAGCUUGCUGCAUUGAAAGCUUAUUUGCAUCAGGAAUUUAGCAUCAAGGAUUUGGGGAAACUUAACUACUUUCUAGGGAUUGAAGUUGGCUAUUCAACUGAAGGGAUCAUCCUUAGUCAAAAGAAGUUUACCAAAGAGUUGCUCAGUGAUUGUGGUUUUGACAUCACAAAGAAGGCCAUAACACCACUUCCAGUGAAUGUGAAGUUGACAUUAUCUGAUGGAGAGUUGUAUUCUGACACAGAAAAAUACAGAUCAUUGGUUGGGAAACUUAACUUUCUAACCCACACCAGACCUGAUUUGUCCUUUGCAGUUCAGUUACUAAGUCAGUUUCUACAACACCCUAGAGUACCUCACAUUACAGCCUUACAUCAUACAUUAAGGUAUCUAGCUCACACUGCAGGGCAAGGAAUAUUGUUGAAAGCUUUAGAUAGUAUCAGCUUACAAGCCUUUUCAGACUCAGAUUGGGCUUCAUGUCCAGAUUCUAGAAGGUCCAUCACUGGUUAUGUGUUACUCUUAGGAGGAUCACCAGUCUCAUGGAAGUCUAAAAAGCAAAACACAGUCUCAAAGUCAUCUGCAGAAGCAGAAUACAGGGCAAUGGCUGCAGCAUCAGCUGAAGUAACUUGGUUGGUUAAUUUAUUAGAGGAUAUGGGAGUCAUCAAUCUCAAACCUAUUAGUCUCCACUGUGAUAAUCAGUCAGCCUUGCAUAUUGCUAGAAACCCAGUUUUUCAUGAAAGAACAAAACAUAUUGAGAUUGAUUGUCACUUUACUCGUGACAAAGUGUUGGAAGGGCUACUACAUCUUGCAUACUUGCCUACUGAAAAUCAGCUAGCAGAUGUGUUUACUAAACCACUUUCUUCUGCACAGUUUCAACAACUACUGUCCAAGAUUGGAACAUGUGAUGUUCCAUCUUGA